AUGGUCGAAGUGAAGAACAAGGUCUGCCUGAUCGUCCACGAUGGAUGGGGCAUUGCACCGGAGAAGAACAUGAAGGGGGAUGCUAUCUCGGCUGGAGAUACAACGAACAUGGACACCAUCUCCAAGGACCACAGCGGGCGGACUCUCCAGGCGCACGGAGUGGCUGUCGGUCUCAGCGAUGGACUCAUGGGUAACUCGGAAGUCGGCCACCUGAACAUCGGUGCUGGACGUAUCGUCUGGCAGGACAUCGUCAAGAUCGAUGUGUCUAUCAAAAAGAAGCAGUUCCACAAAAAUGAAGUCAUCCUCGAGAGCUGCAAGCAUGCAAAGGAGGGCAAUGGUCGACUGCACUUCCUCGGAUUGAUUUCCGAUGGCGGUGUUCACUCACACAUCCACCACCUCUAUGCCCUGCUCGAGACCGCCAAGGAGCAGGGCGUCCCGCACGUCUACAUCCACUUCUUCGGUGACGGACGCGACACUGCGCCUCGGUCCGCUGCCGGCUACGCAAAGGACCUGGUCGCCUUCAUCGAGAAGGAGAAGUACGGCCAGAUCGCGACUGUUGUCGGCCGCUACUACGCGAUGGACCGUGACAAACGUUGGGAGCGCGUCAAGAUCGCCGUAGACGGCCUUGUGAAGGGCGAGGGUGAGAAGGGCGAAGACGUCGUCGCUGCCAUCGAGGAGCGGUACAAGAAGGACGAGACGGAUGAGUUCUUGAAGCCCAUCAUCGUCAACGGUGAUGAGGGUCGCAUCAAGGAGGGAGACACCUUGUUCCUGUUCAACUACCGCUCUGACCGUAUGCGUGAGAUCGCGAGUGUGCUCGGGUUGCCAGACAAGCCGAUGGAAGUUGAUGUGCCCAAGAACCUCCACAUCAGCACAAUGUCGCGCUACAAUGCGGAGUUCCCCUUCCAUGUUGCUUUCCCGCCCCAGCAGAUGACGAACGUUCUCGCUGAGUGGCUCUCGAAGCAGGGUGUGAAGCAGGCGCACGUAGCCGAGACGGAGAAGUAUGCGCAUGUCACGUUCUUCUUCAACGGUGGUGUCGAGAAGCAGUUCGCAGCCGAGGAGCGGCAUAUGAUCCCCUCACCGAAGGUCGCGACCUACGACAAGCAGCCCAAGAUGAGCGUGCAGGGUGUUGCGGACAAGGUCGCCGAGAUUGUCAAGAAGGGCGACCAUGAAUUUGUCAUGUGCAACUUCGCGCCGCCGGAUAUGGUCGGGCACACUGGUAUAUACGAGGCUGCCGUGGAAGCCAUCACACACACUGAUGCGGCCGUCGGCACCGUGUACAAGGCUUGCGAGGAGGCGGGCUACAUCCUCCUCGUUACGGCCGACCACGGUAACGCGGAGCAGAUGAUCAACCCGCAGACGGGUGCGCCUCACACCGCGCACACGACAAAUCCUGUGCCGUUCAUCAUGACCGGCGACCCGAAGAAGCUCAAGUUCACGGUGGACAAGAAGGACGGCGAGGAGGAGGAGGGUGCCCUCUGCGAUGUUGCCCCGACCGUGCUGGACAUCCUCGGUCUGCCCAAACCGGAAGACAUGACCGGCCGCUCGCUUCUUGCUCACGAGUGA